AUGAUUUCACACAUUGUAUUCGCAGGUACAAUGGUGUUAUCCCCGUUAACAGGAUCAGCUGGAUUUGCAACGUUUUUAGUGGCACUUUAUGGCAUUCCUUGGGCGAUUGCAUGUUGGGCACCAUUUACAUUCAUUGGCGAAGAAGUUAAUCGUCUUUGCGUUCCGGUGACAUCAAGGGACGUUACCAUGAUAACAUCUGCAACCUACUCUCGUCGACAUGGUUCCUACCGUUCUUCACCCAGAGACCAUGGUCCCUCGGAUGUAGAACUAGAUGACGGCGUUUUGAUGUUAAAUCACGGUGAUGGCAGCGAUAGUGAAGACCAGGGCGGCGAAGUGCCAAAUGCGAAUAUUUCAACUGGGGAAUUGGCAGGAUUAUAUCUUGAGAUCCUAAACAUAUAUACCACCCUUCCCCAGUUAUUCAGCAUGCUCGUUAGCUGGGUAAUCUUUAGAGCGUUCGAGCCAAGUCUCGCGGUCCCACUGGUGACGCAGGCUGUUUCAGUGAAAGACCAGUUUGUAAACACUAUAGGCGUAAAUUCCGGCAGCCCCAAUGCCUCUGGAUUACCUUUAUUCAUUGGCGCAAUAAGCGCCUUACUUGCGGCUGAAUCCACACGGAGGCUGAAGCGAACCCGGUAG